AGGAGAGGAGCGACGAGCCGACGACUACAUUUACGGGGUCUCCCGGUGGCCCAGAGUCGGAGAUUGUUGAAAACUUUAAAUUUGAUUCCUGAAAGGACUCAAUGGCUUACAGAAGAGAUGAAAUGUGGUCUGAAGGACGAUAUGACUAUGAAAGACUUCCAAGAGAACGAGUACCUCUUCGAAAUCACCCCAGUGAUGGCUACCAUAGAGUAGUUAAUAUUGUGCCAAAGAAACCAUCACUGCUAGACAGACCUGGUGAAGGAAGCUACAGUAGAUAUUACAGUCAUGUUGAUUACCAAGAAUAUGACGAGGGCCGCAGUUUUUCUCAUGAUGGAAGAAGUGGUCCACCUCACAGAGGAGAUGAAUCUGGCUAUAGGUGGACAAGAGAUGAUCAUUCUGCAAGUCAACAGCCUGAGUACAGGGACAUGAGAGAUGGCUUUAGAAGAAAAAGUUUCUAUUCUUCCCAUUACACGAGAGACUGGUCUCCUCAUAAAAGAGACACUCCUUUUUUCAGAGAAUCACCUGUAGGUCGGAAGGAUUCUCCACACAGCAGGUCUGGCUCCAGUGUCAGUAGUAGAAGCUACUCUCCAGAAAGAAGCAAAACGUACUCUUUCCAUCAGUCUCAACAUAGAAGUAAAGAGAGACCUGUUCAGUCUUUGAAAACAUCAAGAGACACUUCACCCUCAAGUUCUUCAGCAGUUCCUCCAUCAAAGGUGUUAGACAAACCCAGUAGGCUAACUGAAAAGGAACUUGCUGAGGCUGCAAGCAAGUGGGCUGCUGAGAAGCUAGAGAAGGCAGAUGAGAGUAACUUACCUGAAAUUGAGUAUGAGGCAGGAUCCACAGUACCAUUGUUUAUUGAGCAGCCAGAGGAACCUGAGUCAAAUGCAGCAGAUGGCAUAGAAUUAUUUGAAGACAGUCAACUAAGCAGUCGCUCUAAAGCAAUAGCAUCAAAAACCAAAGAGAUUGAACAGGUUUACCGACAAGACUGUGAAACUUUCGGGAUGGUUGUGAAAAUGCUGAUUGAAAAAGAUCCUUCAUUAGAAAAGUCUGUACAAUUUGCAUUGAGACAGAAUUUACAUGAAAUAGGUGAGCGGUGUGUUGAAGAACUCAAGCAUUUCAUUGCAGAGUAUGACACCUCUAGUCAAGAUUUUGGAGAGCCUUUUUAGAAAAUUACUGGCUCAGGCAACAAAAAUGUUUCUAGGGGUUUGUUUGUUUUUUUCCCCUGGAUUGUGUAAAUCCUUAAUAUAUGGAAUUUUUGUGAUGAAGAGAAAAUACUUUGAUAGUUGACUACAUUUCCAAUGUCAAGAAACAUCUAAAAUAGUCUAAGAUAUUUUAAUUAGCAUUUUUAAAAUCUACAUGUAGAGCCUCAUAAUCCAUACUUCUCUUUUUCCCCCCUAAAAUGAUGGGUCAGUUAAUUUUUCAAGCUUUGAAAAAGCAGUCCUGGAGAACAGCUCAUGUUCUAUUGUCUUCUAUAGUAUGCGAUCAUUUGUUUUGGUCACACUAGUGUAAUUUAUUAGGUUAGAGAUCAUUCCACUUAAAACAUUUAUAGUCUUUUUGCAUUUCAUAGUCAGUGAUACCAUGUGAAAAUGUUAGAAUUCUGAGUUGUGAUUUUAUUGACUUGUUGCUUGCUUAUUUUAGGCUUUGUAACUUUUAUUAUGUUCAAGUAU